CCAAAUUCAUUUCGGUUUUCAGAAAAUUGCAUUCGCACUAAAUUUCGUUUAUUUUUAAACUUUUCAACUCAAUUCGAUUGUUCUUAUCCCAGUCAACAUUUUGAAACAAGAUUCGAUUGAAAGGUUAAAGAAUUCUAAUUAAUGGUUUAACAGCAAAGUUGUUCAUGUUGCCGACAUAACCAAAAUGACGUAGGACUACGCACAAACAAACGUGUCGAAGCAGUACUCGAUUCUAACGUCUGUAUUAGAGAAACGCCGCCGCAAUGGACUCCCAAACGACUCCGAUCUGCCGGCUCUGUCUGGGGACAACCCCCUGCGCGGACAUGACACUGCUCAACUACAACGACCAGUUGGUCGAGUCGAUUCGCCAGCUCACGACCGUAGAGGCCCUCAUGGUGGAUCCGCUCUACGCGAUCUACCUGUGCGCGGGCUGCCAGGAAGCGCUGGAGCAGUGCCGCCGCUUCCGGGAGUCGUGCCUUCGGAAUGAUGGCACCUUCCGACAGAGGUACCAGCAUGGGGAGGUUAAGGUGGAACGGGAUGAGGCUGUUGGGACGUUCACAGAGGUCAAGAUCGAGAUGAUCGUGACGCCGGAUGUGGUGGAGGAUGAUGCGGGGAAUGAGUGGAAUGACACUCGCGAUGAAGGGGAGUCGGAUGAGUGGGAACUUCCGCCGGUGGAGGUGAGCGAGAAGGUUUCGAAGAAACGGAAGAAGGAAGCGCCCAAGAGCGACGAGAUCCCGAUGGCCCAGUGUCAGGUCUGUGGCAAGGUGAUGAAGAAGACAGGCCUGACGGCCCAUCUGGGCCGGCACAAGCCGAACCGAACGGAGUACGUUUGCCAGUACUGCCAGAAGGUUUUCUACAACUCGCUCAAGCUGAAGAACCACGUCAACGGGGUGCACACCCACCAGUACAAAUAUGCCUGCGACGUGUGCGGUAAAACGUACGAGCGGACCGACACGCUGCGGGUUCACUACCGGGCGAAACAUACCGACGAGAAGCCGUACGAGUGUAAGGUGUGUGGGAUGCGGUUCGCGCGGGACGACGGCCGGCGGUACCACUUCCAGAAGGUGCACCAGGUUGGGAAGCCGCACCAGUGCGAGUUCUGCGAUAAGGCGUUCCUGCGGAAAGCAGAACACACCUUGCACAUGAGGACCCACACCGGCGAGAAGCCGUUCAACUGCGAUAUCUGCGGAAAGGCGUUCAGCAAGAGCUACAACGUGGUCAUUCACAAAAAAUCCCAUCAGAAUCAGGCCGAAAGGGCCGCUGCAAACGUUGUCAAAACGGGAGUCUUGUAAAAUUAUAUACAUGAAUAAAGUUGUUUUUACUAUUUGAGUACAAACUUUGCUUCCACUUCAACAGCAGUAGAUUCAGCGCCGAUUCACAAGAAUGAUGUUUCCGAAAACCAGAUUG